ACUGUUGGAAACGGAAACAUUUCUGUUUUUGAUCGAAAAUUUCCGUGGUGUUUUGCGAUCGUUUAAUAAGCAUCCGUACAGUUAGUGUAUGUGUUUAUUGUAGAUAAAAUCGUUAGAUUUUUUUUCUUUCUAUUCAUUAAACUGAUUAGAAGUCGUUUUGAAACGGAGUAAACAAUUUCAAUGUUGCAUAAUAUGUAUUCAUUAUAGAUUUCUCGUGGUUUUUAUUAUUAAUUUUUGUGAAUAGUUGAUGGUGAUAAGUAUGGGAAAUAUGGGUUGCUGUUUUAGUUGUUUUAAUACUAAUGAAAAUAAAUCUCAGUCAGGAGAACCAAAUGAACGUACCACACUCUUAGGAAAUCCUGUUAGCAAUAAUUCAAGCAGGCCUUUAUUUAGUCAAGACUUCUCAGAUGUGGUUUCUGGUCAAUUAGGAGAUGAGCAAGCUGCCCUAAAUAAAAUAUUGCACCAAACAGCAGUUGAUAUCAUAGAUGUAUCGGCUAUUCCUACUCACAUUGAGCAAAAAGAUUUCAUUGAUCGCUCCAAACUUUACCAGAAGAAAAUUCUUACCCUACACUUAUUUCAUCGGAAAAAUGACAAGCAUUUGCUCAAGGACCUUCCGAUGCCUGAGAAAAUUUUGUCAGAGCCUCCACUUCUUUUAGCAGAUUUUAGAAUGAUGGAAGAAAUAUUUAAGGAUGUUGAAGAAGCUCUAAAAGCAGUUGAAAUCGAACCCCAAGGAGAUCUUGUAUCCAAAUUUGGUUUAUCUUGAAAAUUCAUCAUUGAGAAAUCUUUUUAAUGUUUCUUUGUUUAAUUUUAAAUUUUGACUUGGCAUUUUUUUUGCAUUUACAUUUAUGAUUUUGUUGAGUUUUAUAAAUGGUCAUGUGAUAAAAAUGCUAUUAUUCUUCCAUCCUCUCUCCCUAAAAGAAAAACAAAAAAAAACAAAGCUGUGUAUGAAUUUCAAACUUUUUUUUUAUUAUCAUGUAUGUUUCACAAUGUUGUAUUGUGUUACCAGCUAUCUCAAAAUAGUAGUAACUCUAAGAAUGGAUCAAGUCCUAUAGGCAGAGUGAAGUUUUAUAUGCAUGUAUUUAAGUCAUUGAAAUUGUUUAGUUAGGUGAAUUAUAUGUCGUUUGAACUUAUAUUUUUUCUCUGUUUGUUUUAAAAUAGAAAAAAAUAUGUUACUUUUAUUUUUACCAUAGUUAAAUACUAAAAUAAUUGAUACAUAACAUAACCAUAAAAAAUUGCUGAUAUGUUACUGCACAAUGCACAUAUAAAAAUCUUUUUUGUAUGUACAUUAAUUUAUUAAGUCAAUUUCCUUUUUUUAAGUAUGUAAAAUUGAAAUUGCAGCAGAAGUGUUAGUUUUUCCAUUUAAAAACCUCUUAUCACUUUCUUUUAGUAAUUUUCAAUUAUACUGAUAUACCUGAUAACUAUUGAUUUGUUUAUUUUUUUACAAAACGUGGUCUGUUAUUAAUUUUAUGUGUGUUAUCCAUUGUUUGUGAGUUUUUCUUUUCACAAUUAAAACUAUAGAAAAGUUAUUCUGUAAAACCUUUUUAUAGUAAUAACGAUUUCUUUUUGUCACAUUAAGAGAAUCAAAAUGUGUUACAGUCAAAGGAUAGUUUCAGCUAAAGAAACAUAAAGGUGAAAGAUACUGUAUCAAUAUAGUUCAGUGCUUGUGGGAACAUCUUUAUAGUUAUUGCUGAAAAAAUUGUAAACAAAAUUGACAUUGUGAGAAAGUGCUUUAUCAUGGUGCAAAACCUGCAAGUUUUGAGCUUCUGACAACAAGUCGCUUAACCAAAGAAGCUAUCUUUGUGAUUGCUGCUUAGCAUUGAAUGGUCAAAAUAUUUUCAGCAUUAAAAAGCUGUAUGCAAUAAUCAUACAAUUUUGUGCUAUAUUUGCCCCAAGUAUUUGACUGCAAACUAGCGUUACAGUCAUACUAUACCAAGACAAUGGUCACUUUAAGUGGAGAUCAUGAAAAUUUGGACAAAAUAGAAUAUUUUUGAAUUUUGCUCCAUAUGGUUUGUUUUUACUCGCAUAUGGUUUGAAGUUUUAUUUUAUCUUUUCAAGGUACAUAUGCAAGUAUUAUAACAACAUUUUAAACCCCCCUCCCCCAACUACCAAAUAUAUCAAUCUAUAGUAUUUAUGACAGCUUUAAAGGAGGGUAUUGGAUAUUAAUUUAAGUAACAACAUUUGUUACUGUUAAAAAUUUCAAGUGAUCACUGUAAAUACAAGGUCUGUUAAAAAAAAUUUCCGACCUUUGACUCAAGAUAAGACUGGCAAUCCUUGAGCGUUGUAAAACUAAUCAACCUCAAAGUAGUCAGUCUCCUUUGGACUCCACAUACUUCUACCAGUGGUGCUGCCAUGGUUGGGCACAUUCCAAGAAAGUCUGUUUCCAACUGGAAUUUAGCACAGCUGUGGUUACUGCCAUAGUGUCUUCUGUUGUCUGUAAUCUCUUUCCUUUCAAUCAUCUCUUUAGUUUAGGGAACUGCCAGCAGUUCCAGGAGGACAUAGCCAUAGAGGCCAUCAGGAAAAAAGCCUGUUGAAACACAGAAAUCUGAUUUUUUGCAAAAAAAACUCUGAAUCAAGUGCAAGAAAUGUGUCGGAAGAUCCUCGCCAAAAAAGUCGUCUGCAAGUUUUGAGAGGUUCCAUGUGGUUUUCACCCAGUUUCUGGCAAAAUUUGAUGCAGUAGCGCUGCUCCAGUUUUUAAUCAUUUACCUUAAAACUAAAAAGAUUGACCAGAACAGUGCACUACCUCCGCCAAAUGCUUUUUGCCAGAGACUGAAGCUAUAAAUGGACUGUAAAAAUUAAUGUGUGCACAAAUAUUUUAGGUCAGAUUCAAAUCCCUCAUGUUCACACAAAAAAAAAAAAAAUAAGGUUGGAGACUUUUCUAACAGACCUUGUAUGUCUAAACUGUUAGCCUUUGUUUCCUGUAACAAUCAGUUUGUUAAAUAUUCAUUUUAUCUAUGUAAUAUAUGCAAAAAUGUUGUUUAGCAAUCAAUACUAAAUACUAUAUGUAUAUACUAUUAAAGUUCAUAGUUUUAAAAGUGAACAAUAAAAGUAUUUUUAUUUUCUGGGA